CACUGCCGAAAACAUCACUUCCGUAAAUAGAGAUGGCCGCAGUAGGCUAUGUAACAUGUAGGGAGGUGCACUAGUAUUUCUUCAGUUUUAGGCACAUCGAUUGUAUUGUAAAUUUAUCUUUAACACAAGGUUAAAUCCUGACGUCGCUGAUGUCUCAGUAAUUUGAUAUUUAGGUUGUGGAUAACCAUCGUUGUAUUGCAGGGCUGGAAAAAAAGCUCAACGACAAAUAGCUUUACGAUAAUCAAGCUAGCUGGAUUUAGCCAACAGGUAACGAUACAUAACAAUCCGAAGUUACCAGCCAGCAAAUCAGUACCUACGUUUUCUGACGUGGGGAUCGCAGUGCUGUUGUGCGGCAUGUCUAAGGAGAACUCCGACAAGUCCCCCCCUAGCUGGGAGGACGGACGGCGUGACCCCGACAAGGCAAGGAACGCCGCGGAAAGCCCCGAACCCUUGGACCAAUCUCUGACGAAGAAGAUUCCACAGAGGACCCCCAGCCCCCAACGCGGCAGCAGGCCGCAGUCCAGUCCCCCCAAGUUUGUGUCGGUGGAGGAGCUGAUGGAGACGGCCAAGGGGGUGACCAACUUGGCUCUGGCCCACGAGAUCGUGGUGAACGGGGGGUUUCGGGUAACGCCCGCGCAGCCGCCGGAGGGCAGUUUGGAGAAGAAGGUGAAGGACAUUGUGCACAAAGCAUUCUGGGACUGCCUGGAGGCCCAGCUGGCUGAAGACCCGCCCUCAUAUGACCACGCCAUCAAGCUGCUGGGGGAGAUCAAAGAGACGCUGCUGUCCUUCCUGUUGCCGGGACACGCUCGCCUGCGGCAGCAGAUCGAGGACGGGCUGGACCUGCCGCUGAUCCAGCAGCAGGCGGAGAACGGGGCGCUGGACAUGGGCAAGGUGGCCGCCUUCGUCAUCGACACCAUGGGGAUGCUGUGCGCCCCCUCCCGCGACCGGGAGAUCCAGAGGCUCCGGGACGUCACCGCCAUCCUUCCCCUCUUUAAGGCCAUAUUCUCAGUGAUGGACAUGAUGAAGCUUGACAUGGCCAAUUUCGCCGUCAGCAGCAUCCGGCCGCAUCUGAUGCAGCAGUCGGUCGAGUACGAGAGAAAGAAGUUCCAGGAGUUCCUCGACAAGCAGCCCAAUGCCAUGGACUUCACUCGGAAGUGGCUGCAGGCCACGGCCAAAGCUCUCCUCAGCGGUGAUUGGGAAGGCGGAGCCUCGAGCGCCGGAGCCGCCGCCCCCGUCCCUUCCAUGCUCCACCCCCUGGUUGUGCAUAACCACGCCUACCUGCACCUGCUCAAGUGGGACCAUGCCUCCUGCCCCUUUCCUGAGACUCUGCUGAUGGACCAGAGGAGGUUCCAGGAGAUGCAGUGGGAGGUGGAGGAGCUGACGAUCGUGGCGGCCGUGCUGCUGAUCGUCUACAAUAAUGCCGGGGCCGCCAUCUCCGGCCUGCCUGGCCUCAUGGACAGGCUCAAGGGCACCAUCAGGCUGCUGCUGGCGGAACUGCACUCUCCGUCGUUCAGCGCGGACGAAGCCUUCGCCACCAUCGCCGAGCGGAUGUGCGAGGAGGUGAGGAGUAGCCUGGCCCAGCACGGCUUCUCGCCAUUCUCCUGCGACCGCCAGGCCGUCCUGAGGGGUCAGGUGGCCGCCGUCCGGCUCCCGGACAACUCCAUACGCAGGCUCAUCGACUCGCGCAUCCAGACCUACCUGCUGGGGUUCCUGGAGUCCGGCCAGAGGGGGUGCCCCGCAGCCCUUCCCGGGGGCCUGGCCCCCGUCCAGAAAGAGCUGGAGGAGGUGGCCAUCAAGUUCAGCCGCCUGGUCAACUACAACAAGCUGGUGUUCGCCCCGCACUACCAGAAGAUCCUGCAGGAAGUCCUGAGGGGGGAGGGGGGCUCCUCUCCCGCGCCCGGCCCCACCCUCGCCCUCACCGGAGGGGGCGACUCCUAGACACCGCCCUUCUCGUCUCCACAGGCCGGCCUCCGCGUUAGAAAAUCCACCGACAUCGCUAGAUUAUCAGAUCCGUUACCGCCCCCUUAAUGGAAGCGACAGUCAGAACACAUUCGCAAGCGCAGCAGAGCACGCCAUUCAUUCCAGUUUCGCACCCCGCGUCAGUUCUCAGUGCCUGUGGCUUGAAAACCGGGACAGACAUUUUGUUUUUAGCAAACGCACUGCACAAGCAUGAGGCUUUUUAUGGUGUAGGACCCCGAUUCAGGGGAUAGCAAGUUAGUAUUAUUAUUU